CCGACACGUAUCAAUAUACCAGUGUCACGUGACCUGAUGAUGUUGGCCGGCACGCUAACGCCCGUGCUUCCACUACCUGCCACUAGAUGGUAUGGCGAACCUUUUAUAUGGUUAAAACACCGACUCUAGAUUAUUAUCAUAACAUCGAUCACGUUAAAACAUCCAACUUUCACACGCCAUUAAAUAGUCUCAUGAAUUACUGUCAGGAGGAAAAAAAAUGGGGUGAAGUAAUUUGCGCCGGUCAACAUCAUUUACAAUGUUCACCAUUCAAAGCUGCUCAGGUAAGAACACACCUCCACAAGUUUCCACCAAACUGCAAAGGUAGGAGCACUCAAUAUAUAUACAUAAGAAGUAAGCCAGUGCGUUUAGAUUUUACUCGCUCUUUCAGCCUACCCUGAAAGAGCGUUCCUUUCCAAUCGUACACUACUACAACGUAGCACUACGUCAUGAAAAGAGCUAUUUGUAAAUACUUGUUCCCGGUAUGCGUUCUCCUCGUCCUCGUCUAUGGG